AUGUCCUGCCUGGAUUACCUCGCUGCCGAGUGCCUGGUGUCCAUCUCCAGCGGGGCUCUGAUCCACCCCGCCGCCGCCUCCAGCCUCCCCAGCCCCGAUCCCGCUAGCAGCGAGGACCGGGAGGUGCGGGACACCCUCCGGGGCGCAGCCCCGGCGGCGGCCGGCUGCAGGGCGCGCCCCGGUUCGGCGCACUCGGAGAGCAGUAACUCGUCCUCGUCGGCCGGAGGGGGGGACCUGGAGAGCGGCUACACCACCCUGUCCGACGGGGGUGGCGGACCCCAGCGCGCCCCGCUGCCCGGCCACAGCCCCAGCCUCUCCUCCCGGGGCAAGCGGCACCGCUGUCACUUCCAGGGCUGCUGCAAAGUUUAUGGCAAAUCGUCCCACCUGAAGGCGCAUCUGAGGACGCACACAGGUGAGAGGCCGUUCCCGUGCACCUGGCCUGACUGCUCCAAGAAGUUUGCGCGCUCGGACGAGCUGGCCCGGCACUACCGCACCCACACCGGGGAGAAGAAGUUCGCCUGCCCGCUCUGUGAGAAACGCUUCAUGCGCAGCGACCACCUCACCAAGCAUGCCCGCCGCCAUCCCGCCUUCCACCCCUCCAUGGUCAAGCGGCUGGGCUGCCCCAGCGACUCCGCGCCCGGCAGCCUGGCGGGGAGCCCCGUCGCCAGCCCUGCCCCCAGCCCGGCCAAGUUCCUGUAG